CUAUAAAAAGCUGUGUCCUCGACGAACAAAUUCACAGUCUAACAUUGCAUCCUCCAACAUGAAGACUUCUCUUGUGAUUUUGGUUUUGAGCGCUGUUGUGGCCGCUGUUGUUGCGCAAGGCGAAUAUGCGCCACCUGCUUAUGAGAAGAAGUACGACGGCUACUUCCAAUACGCCAACGUGCCCAGCCAACACGAAUACGAAUUUGGAUACAACCGCGGAAAUGCUGAUCACAGACGUAAUCACUACGAGCAGUCCAAGGAUAUGCGCUUCCGCACCAAGGUCAAGUGGGAUGAUACGUACGGCGGUAACGGUGAGCACUACUGGGAGUACAACCAUAGCGACAAUGGAUACAAAGCUCCGUCUUACGAUGCUGCUCCGGCUUACGCUGCUUCCGCUCCAGCUUACGCUGCUCCUGUCCCAGCUUACUCGCAGAAUUAUCCCGUCUACGAGGAAGCUCCUUCAGCUAAACUUUAAUACAUUUUUCGUGAUCAUAUCCAUCCAUUUUCCAACAGAAAAAUGUUGUUCGUUAAUUACUAAUAAAUGUUGUUAUUUAUUGUUCCAAA